CGCGGACCUUCCGACACGUCACGUGACGGGUCGGCGCUGCUGGCGGUUGCUGUCAGCUGAUACCACGGGUUGGUGGCAGUGGCAGCCGCAGCGAUGGACUUUCUCCUGGGGAACCCUUUCAGCUCUCCAGUGGGACAGCGCAUAGAGAAAGCCACAGAUGGCUCCCUGCAGAGCGAGGACUGGGCCCUCAACAUGGAGAUCUGCGACAUCAUCAACGAGACGGAGGAAGGCCCCAAAGACGCCUUUCGAGCGAUAAAGAAGAGAAUCGCGGGGAAUAAGAACUUCCACGAGGUGAUGCUGGCUCUCACAGUCUUGGAAACCUGUGUCAAGAACUGCGGACACCGCUUCCACGUGCUGGUGGCCAGCCAGGACUUCGUGGAGGGUGUGCUGGUGAGGACCAUCCUGCCCAAGAACAAUCCACCCACCAUCGUGCACGACAAGGUGCUCAACCUCAUCCAGUCCUGGGCCGACGCGUUCCGCAGCUCGCCUGAUUUGACAGGUGUCGUCGCCGUCUACGAGGACCUGCGGAGGAAGGGGCUGGAGUUCCCGAUGACCGACCUGGACAUGCUGUCGCCCAUCCACACGCCCCAGAGGACGGUGUUCAGCUCGGAGACACCGUCAGGACAGAACUCUGUGGGCACCGACGCCAGCCACCGGGGGAACCCCAGCCAGCACACAGCUCCUCCGCCCACUCCCGUCGCACUCCCCAGCGACGCGCCCAUUGCGCCAACCCCUGAGCAGAUCGGCAAGCUGCGCAGCGAGCUGGAGAUGGUGAGUGGGAAUGUGCGGGUGAUGUCAGAGAUGCUGACGGAGCUGGUGCCCACCCAGGCGGAGCCUGCAGACCUGGAGCUGCUGCAGGAGCUCAACCGGACGUGCCGCGCCAUGCAGCAGCGGGUCCUGGAGCUCAUCCCCCGGAUCACCAACGAGCAGCUGACGGAGGAGCUGCUCCUGGUCAACGACAAUCUCAACAACGUGUUCCUGCGCCACGAACGGUUCGAGCGGAUCCGGACCGGCCAGACCGCCAAGGCUCCAAGUGAGGCCGAAACAGCAGCUGACCUCAUCGACAUGGGCCCUGACCCGGCAGCCAACAGCAACCUCUCGUCCCAAUUGGCGGGAAUGAACCUGGGCUCCGGCAGCGUGAGAGCUGGCCUGCAGUCUCUGGAGACCUCCGGCCGGCUGGAGGACGAGUUUGACAUGUUUGCGCUGACACGGGGCAGCUCGCUGGCUGAGCAGCGGAAAGAGGUAAAAUACGAAGACCCCCAAGCUACGGACGGCCUGGCUGGAGCCCUGGACGCCCGGCAGCAAAGCACCGGAGCGAUGGGAGGCAGCAGAGAGAAGAGCCUCGGUGACUGGAUGAUCCCCGUCACCCAGGCCUGCCUCAUGGAGGACAUUGAGCAGUGGCUGUCCACUGACGUGGGGAAUGACACGGAAGAGCCCAAGGGUGUCACCAGCGAAGAAUUUGACAAGUUCCUGGAAGAACGGGCCAAAGUGGCUGACCGGCUGCCCAACCUCUCCAGUCCCACCGCCGAGGGGCCCCCGGGGCCCCGUCCCGGCAGCGCCCCUCGGAAGAAGACGCAGGAGAAGGACGAUGACAUGCUGUUUGCCUUAUGAGCGGGGGCUGGCGGCCUGCAGCCCGAACCCCGCCGCCCCCACACCCCUUGGCCGGGGCCUCUGUCCCUCCUUCAGUGUUAAGGCUGCUUUGGGGGUAGCUUGUUACCCCCUUUUCUCCUCCUCAAGGCUGGGCCGUGCUGUUUGGGGGUGCGGGAAGGCAGCAGGUGAACUGGGGGGACAGGUCAGUUCUUCACUGGGGUCCUGGCCACCCCCGCCUCCUUCCCCCGCCCCAGCCAACUGCUCUGACUUAGCUGAGACCUGGGUGGCCUGAGACAGACAGGCUGGCUGCUUGGUGGCCUCUCCUUGCCCUGGGUGACCCUGUCCCCGGACCCGUCCCCAGGGGGGCCCUCUUCAGAGCCCGCGCUGCCGGUCGGAAGCUGGGAACGGAAGCUUCUGCCGCAGCCUUUGGUCCCUUCCCCAGCCCCUGCCCCACGGGGCCGGAAGACUCUGGCCCGCUGGUGAGGGCUGGGGACACGGCCCUCCUCGGGGCUGCACACGGUCUGGUGGGAAGUGCGCGGCGGGGCCGGCCCAGGUGCCCCAGCCCCAGGCCGCAGGGGCGGCUGCGGGGCCCGCCCGGAGCACCUGUGGCCCAUAGCCUCCUCCACUGCCUUCCCCACCCCCGUUCCUCUUCCUGCCGGGCAUGGGCCACCCACCUGUUGGUUGAUCCUCUUGUACUGGGAGAGGUGCCUUUAUAAUAUCCCCCAUUAAAGGUAGAAAAUCACCCUGC